ACUUUUCUCACUAUCUAUAUUCUAUUCUGCAACACUUCAACUCCUCCCUGCAGUUCCUUUCAUUCUAAUUUCUUACUUUAUUUUAUUUCUCCUUCCUGGAAAAUACCAUGGAUUCCGAAAUAGUAGAUCCUCAUUCUCAUAUUCACGAGCAAGACCCUGACAGUGUAGCCCACGCCGAAGUAGAUGAGCAUGACCACGAGAAGCCAUCGGUUUUGAAGAGAGUAAAGGCAAAGGCGAAGAAGAUAAAAGAAACGCUCAAGAAUCAUGGUCACGGACACAACCAUGAUCAUGACCACGAUUAUGAUUAUCAUCAUGAUGGUCAUAUUCCUGAUGACCAUGACCUAGACGAGGAAGAUGAUGAAGACGAGAAAAUAGAGGUAGACCCAGAAAUCCACGGAGCACCAAUUUAUGAUUCUAGUGUGAUUAAAACUGGUAGUCUGGAAGAAAUUUCAGGCAUGCCUCAUGGAGAUCCUCUGGCAUCAAAGGAAGAAGCUGGGGUCAAAUUCAAUGAUCCAGCGAAGAUUUCUGUUCCUCCUCAGGAGGCAAAUAUAGGGAAACCCAAUUCCAACUUUGAAAGGGCAACAGUAAUCAGUGAAGAACCAAAGGCUCCAGUAAAUACCAAGGAGAGCAGUGAUCCCAGUAGGACAUUAGUUUCUGGGCCAGGCGGGAAUUUAGGAGAGUCCAAGGUCAAUUUGGAAAGACCAAAAGGAAUGCAAGAGGAUCCUCAUGCUCCUAAGGAUGUUCACCAUCAAACUCGUACUCCUCCAAAUUAUCAGACAAAAGUCAGCGAUCCAACUGGUGCAGGUGCAGAGGAAGUAGGAGUGGCACCCAUUCUAAGCUCCUUUGACAAAAUGAAAAUACAUGAUGAUUCAGAACCAAACUCAAAACUAGGCCUUACUACACAAGCACCUACUGGAAGCCAUGACCAGUUCUCUCCCGAGCCAUUUCUUUCGAAUUCCGGUAAUACCCCUCAAAACCCGCAGAAAAUGGAAGAAAACUUGGACGACAUCAGAAAUCGAAAUCGAAAUGACAGAGCGGCAGCAUCGGCGAAUACAAAUACAUAUACAUCAAACCCAACCAGUUACACCGAUAAAAUCUUAUCUGCCACAAACAACAUCACAGAUAAAGCGAUAUCAGCAAAGAAUGCCGUCGCUUCCAAGCUCGGCUACGGCAACAAAGACAACACAGAAACCCAUGGCGCAGCGCAUGCAACAAAUGGAAGUGGAGAUGGCACUGCUAAGCCAUCCUCUGCAACUGAGUACGGAAAGAAAAUCGCUGCCACAGUAACAGAGAAGCUUACUCCGGUGUACGGGAAAGUUGCCGGAGCGGGGAGUACGGUGAUGUCCAAGAUGCAUGGCUCUGGCACCGGAAAUGAACCAGAGAACAAAGCCAAAGGGGUGUCAGUGAAGGACUACUUUGCUGAGAAAUUGAAGCCUGGUGAUGAGGACAGAGCACUUUGUGACGUCAUUUCAGGUUCUCUGCACCUGCGUCAACUGGACCCAGAGAAGAAGGCUGAUGAUCAGCCUCGGCCAAUGGGAAAGGUGACACAAUCAGAAGAGGUGACGAGACGGCUGGGAACAGGGGAGGACAAAGCUGAUAAAGAGAGACAAGAAACGGUCGCCGGAUACGUGAACCGGCCUGAAGAACAUGAGGGUGGGAAUGGGAAAGGCAUGGUUGAUAAAAUUACAGGUGCGAUGGGUUCUUUGUUUGGAUUAGGUGGAGGAGACCGGUCAUCUCAGACACCUCAGGGGUCCACUGCUUCCUCUCACGUGGGAGGUGAACAAGGUUACGCUACUGCUGCUGGCGGGGAAACUGGGCACUACAGCAAUAGCAAGAAUGAACAGAGACUUCAGGAGUCCGGCAACUGAGAAGUAUUGCUCGUGAGAUGCACGUGUUUUCUAACAUAUCCAAGUUAGCUGUCGGUUUUUCUGUUUAUCGAUUCUUGGAUUAAGAGCCAAGUGCAUAAAACAGUGUACUUUCCCUGUACACAUUGUAUUUACGGGUUUGUGGUGUGCAUGUGAUUUUAGAAGUUUGCCGAGGAGCUUUUGGGGAUUUGAUACGGUUUGAUAUGGUUUUAUUUCCAUGGUGCAAUUGGCUUUGCAAUUCACCGGCACUACUUAUAAUCAAAUAGCUGUGUUUAGGCCCUUGGUAGUGCAUUUUUGUUUUUUAGAUUAAUUAUAAAAGCUCAUCCUUAGUUUGGAAUGA